UCUACUUGUAGUUUCAUCUGGCAAUGAGAAACUGGUCCCUUACAAGGUUGCUUUUGCACAAGACUAGCAGAACCUUUAAUGCCACUGCCAAAGCUUGGGAUAAACAACAUUUAUCAAAGUGGAGAAUGCCUGCAUAUACAGGUGAACAACAUAGUAAGCAUAGAUUUGUUAGGAUGAUGCCGGUUGAUGGCUGCUUCAUUGUGGAGCUCUUGAGAGAGUUGAAGCACAACUUUCAGUGUGCUCCCUUUGUCAAAAGGUGGAUGCUGCCUACUCUUCAUUGGGAUUUGAUCAUGCUUGAAAACCAGCUUCCACUUUUUGUUUUGCAGAAACUGUUUGAGCUGACCAAAGGAUCAGAAGAAUCAAGCACAUGUUUGGAACAGCUCGCCCUUUGUUUUUUCAAUCCUCAAUUGCAGUCUCAAAGGGAUGCGCGGGCCGUGAAUGCACAAGGAAUUCAGAACACGUUGCACUUUCUUGACCUUUUCAGGAAAAGUAUCCUCCCAUCCCUAUAAACUUAUCACGAGGACUUAAAACUAGCAAGACAAGCGAUUCAAGCAAUGCAGCAGAAGAGGGGAUUGACAUGGUGUGGUCCAUGACGGAGGUAAUGGAAGCUGGUGUCGUGAUUGAGAAAGCUGUUAAUUGUCCUCCACUAGAUGUAAGCUCCAAGGGGAGGUAGCUAAAAAUCCCUCCUCUCUACAUCAAUGAUCACAAGGGAAUCCUGUUUCGAACGUGGUGGCCUAUGAACAAUGCCAUCCCAAAUGCAAAGCUUAUGUCACAUCAUAUUUGUUUUUUUUCGAUGGUUUGAUUAAGUCAGCUGAAGACGUGGGACUUCUUCACCAC